GAUGGCCCAGCUAAAGGAGCUCGUGCUCGUGUUUCUUACUGUCACUAACAAACAUUGGUAGUAACAAACCUAACUAGGAAUUACUGAGAUUUUAAGGUUGAGUGAAGUGAAUGUGUUUUGUUUAUAUGUGAAGAUUUACUUUUACAAGUCCACAGUGCUAAGUUAACAAGAUUUCAACAAUAGUAACUUAAGUUCACAUUUUAUUAAAUACAAAAUGUUGUAGUUUUAACAACUUGAGAUUGAGGUUAUGGACGAAAAGAAGUACAGUGUUUAAUAUCUUCAUUUUAACACUUUGACUAAAGUGUUUCGUUUUAAUUUAAGUAAUAUGAAUAUUUUACAAGCAAUAACACCACUUGUUAGAACAACUAAAUCAAUUACACUUUUUGUCAAUAAUGAGGUUAUAAAAACUUCUUCGCAGAAAUUAGGACUCUCUGGUAAAGUGAAAAGUACUGUGUUAGAAAAAUGGGGAACAUAUUGGAAAGAUUUGAUCAAAGACUACACUGAUGUCAUAAAAGAUACUGUUGAAGAUAGCAAGAAAUACCCAAAGAAAACUUUAGGAAUUUUAUCUCUGUGCGGGUUUGUUUUAUUGUCAUGCAAAACAAACCCAGAUGACAUAAGUUACAGAGAAAAUGUGUUAAAAUGUUCAAAUGAUGUUCUCUUGGUAGGUAAAGCCAUAAGAAAUCCAAAUACUGAUCAGUUUUUGACAGCUGUUGAAAAUUGUUAUAAUUUGGGUGUUAUUCGCAGGUUAAGUUUUGGAAUAAUUUCAGUUAUGUGGAUUGACAACUACAGCAAUGAGCUGGGAAUAUUCAAAGCAGAAUGUUCUUAUCUCAAACCGCAAUAUCUUACUUUUUCCAGCAGGUUAAUAGAUAUUGGCUUUUUUGGAAAGUGGUGGAAACUUGAUAAAAUCAUGCAAGAUUAUGAUAUAAAUCAUGAGGAAUGGGUUGAUGGUAAACAGUAGUGUUUUUAUGUAGCAGUUUUUGGUUGAAUGUAAAUUAAAUAUUUAAAUUUA